AUGACGCUCGCCGCUGGUUUCACCAUCACCAUCUCGCCACAGGCCCGCUCGUCCUAUCUCGCCCUGUACUCCAUAAGCCGUGCCUUUGCGACCUCUGCAACCCAGUGCUCGUCCAACCACUACAGCCGCUCGGAUUUUUCUGGCCAGGGAUUCACGGGCAUCUAUGAGCCUGGUCAGCCAACCGGCGGGCCGCUGGGCGGCGCCAGCAUUGUCGGCGCCCCGCGGGUAACCCCGAAGGCGCUCAAACAUCACCUGGAUCAGUUUGUUGUCGGUCAGGAACGCGCCAAGAAGGUUCUUAGCGUCGCUGUAUACAACCACUACCAGCGCAUACAGGAGCUCGAGCGGCUGGACGAGGAGGAGCAGGAGCACCUGGCCCAGCAAGCGCGGCGGGAGAUGGUACAUCGGCAUCCCGUUGAAGAUGAGUUCCCGGGGCAGCAGCGGACUAUCAAUGUCUGGGACGCUGAAACUCAGUACCCGCCCGACCCCUCAGCGCCGCCCCCGCGCGCAACCCCGGCCUUUGGCGCCGAGCCCAUCGUGGACAACAGCCCCAUGACCAUCGAAAAGUCAAACAUACUAUUACUUGGGCCGUCAGGCGUGGGGAAGACGCUCAUGGCGAAGACACUUGCUCGCGUGCUUGAGGUGCCCUUCAGCAUGUCUGACUGCACCCCGUUCACCCAGGCGGGGUACAUCGGCGAAGACGCGGAGGUUUGCGUGCAACGGCUCCUCGCUGCGGCAAACUACGACGUGGCCGCUGCCGAAAGGGGCAUAAUAGUCUUGGACGAGAUAGAUAAAAUCGCAACGGCAAAGGUCAGCCACGGCAAGGACGUCAGCGGAGAAGGCGUGCAGCAAGCAUUAUUGAAGAUUAUUGAAGGCACGACACUACAAGUACAAGCUAAGCCGGAGCGUGGAGGCAACGCCGGGAGAGGGCCAAGCAGCAACGCCUCAGGCUAUACUUACACCCCCGGAGGCGGCUCUGGUGGACCAGGAGGUGGCGGGAUGAACAUGGGCCACCCUCCCUCGCCCAAGGGCGAAGUUUUUAACGUCCGUACUGACAACAUCCUUUUCAUCUGCACGGGAGCAUUUAUUGGUCUGCACAAGGUAAUCCUCGAUCGGAUAUCCAAGGGCAGCAUUGGCUUCGGCGCGCCGGUUCGAGCAUCCAACCCGGAAGCGUUACCCUCCGACACCAGACUGCAGGGCGAUGAGGCCCUUUUCCGCAAGCACGUCCCCUUCUACACCCCAGAGUCCGCAACAGCAGCGUCUCCCCAAGCCUCCCUCAACACCCUCGACCUCGUCGAACCCGCGGACCUCCAGAAAUACGGCAUGAUCCCGGAGCUCGUCGGCCGCAUCCCCAUCUCCUGCGCGCUGUCGUCCCUCGACGAAGAAGCGCUCGUGAGGGUGCUGACGGAGCCCCGCAACUCGCUGGUCAAGCAGUACGAGCAGCUCUUCUCGCUCUCCGGCAUCGAGCUCAAAUUCACGUCCCCGGCCCUCCGCGAGAUGGCCAAGCAGGCGUCGAAGAUGGCGACGGGCGCGCGCGGCCUCCGGACCGUCAUGGAGCGCCUGCUGGGCGAGGCGCAGUACGAAUGCCCCGGCAGCACGACAAAGCACGUCCUCGUGACCCGCGACGCGGCGCAGCGGAAGAAGCCGCUGACGUACGUCAGCCGCGGGCAGCAGCAGCGGUUCCAGGCGCUGUUGGAUCAGGAGGAGGAGGAGUGGCAGAGGGAGAUCAGCGGAAAGCAGGCCGAGGUGGAGCAUCAGCAGAGGGUCAGCAGCUUCGAGCAGUAUAGGAAUGCGGAGGCUGGGUAUGCUUAG